AUGCAGAGAAAGAACUUCACAGAAGUGACAGAAUUCAUCUUCUUGGGAUUCUCUAGUUUGGGAAAGCAUCAGAUAACCAUCUUUGGGGUUUUUCUAACUGUCUACGUUUUAACUCUGGCUGGUAACAUCAUCAUUGUGACUAUCGUCUGCAUUGACCAUCAUCUCCACACUCCCAUGUGUUUCUUCCUAAGCAUGCUGGCUAGUUCAGAGAAGGUGUACACACUGGUUAUUGUGCCACGAAUGCUUUGCAGCCUCAUUUUUCAUAACCAGCCUAUCUCCUUGGCAGGCUGUGCAAGCCAAAUGUUCUUUUUUGUUAUCUUGGCCAUUAAUAAUUCCUUCCUGCUUACUGCAAUGGGCUAUGACCGCUAUGUGGCCAUCUGCAGGCCCCUGAGGUACACUGUCAUCAUGAGCAAGGGCCUAUGUGCCCAGCUGGUGUGUGGGUCCUUUGGCAUUGCUAUGGCAGUUCUCCAGGUGACAGUCAUGUUCAAUUUGCCCUUCUGUGGCACAGUGGUGGACCACUUCUUUUGUGACAUUUGGCCAGUCAUGAAACUUUCUUGCAUUGAUACCACUAUCGAUGAGAUAAUAAAUUAUGAUGUAAGUUAAUUUGUGAUUUUUGUGCCCAUAGGCCUCAUAUUUACCUCCUAUGUCCUCAUCAUCUCUUCCAUCCUUAAAAUUGCCUCAGCUGAGGGCUGGAAGAAGACCUUUGCCACCUGUGCCUCCCACCUCACUGUGGUCAUUGUCCACUGUGGCUGUUCCUCCAUUGCCUACCUCAAGCCCAAGUCAGAAAACUCUACAGAACAAGACCUCCUUCUGUCAGUGUCCUACACCAUCAUCACUCCCCUGCUGAACCCUGUUGUUUACAGUCUGAGAAACAAGGAGGUCAAGAAUGCUCUACGCAGAGUUGUGGGCAGAAAUAUUUCUUAA